AUGGCGGAAAACAUUCUAGUUGGCGAUGGUUAUGUUGCCAAGCUUAGUGGAAUGCACUCUUUAGGGGUGCUGCAGUACGGAAUAAACAAGGACGGUAAGAUUGGACAACUAUCAGAGUUUCUUUUCUGGUGUUCAUAAUCUUCGUUAUUCUAUAGCUUCAUUCAACUCAGGCUGAGUCACUAGAGAUAAGUAAAGACAAAUGUUAAUACAAUUUUUUUCUCCAUUAUUUUCGAAGAAGUUGAUGUCCCAGAAAGGAAUGACAACUAGCGGAAUAAUGUUCAACCUCCUGCUCUAAUCACGUUUUUAGGUGACAAAUCAUCUGGAUACGAAUACAUUUUGGACUACGAUGGCUUAAAAGAAUGUAAAGGCGAAAGUGAUGAAACACUACCGGUUAGAUGCAAAGCUCCAGAGACUCUAUCAAGAAACUGUUAUUCCAUUCCCUCUGAUGUGUGGGCCUUUGCAGUCUUUGUGUACGAGACGCUCACCUUAGGUUGUCGCCCAUACAAAGACAUUCAGAGGGAUGAACAUGUCGUCGAUUAUGUAAGAAGAAUUACAAUUUCGUUUCGUGUCUCUAACUUACUACUUAUACGAUGAAAUCACGACAACGAUACCAAAACUACAACCAUAGCGUUUUAUGACAUCGAAAGCCACCGUAGUUAGACAAUUCCACAAAAAGUAAUACUGGCAUUACCAUUUGAACACAACUUAACAAAAACUUAUGUUAUAGCAAUACCUUUCUUGCAUAGCGAUACAAACUGUAAUCUUUCCAAUUUCGUUGUCAUGGCUGUUGCCUGUAAAGGAGCAAAAAGUUAGGAGAGUUAAGCCCGACUUUAGCCGUUUUGAAAGAUCGUGCCAGAAAGAUUAAUCAGUGUGCUAAAGAACGCAUUCUUUUACUUUUAUCAUUUGAAUCUAAACGUCACACAUUUCAAAUGUUAAGACAUAGCGCUCUCACGCUAUUUUAAGGUUUUGCAAAAUACCGACGAGGGAAUAUUACCCCAGGAAAGUUGCAUCAAAGAUGAUGAAUACAACCUUAUGAAGCAGUGCUGGAAAAGAAAAAGGGGUGAAAGAAUCGGCCUGUUUGAGCUCAGAGAACGAUUCCUAAAUAUGCGAUUAAAGAUAGUAAGCUCAGGUUAGUGAUUUCUUAACGUAAGGAACACUUUGACAAUAUCAUCACAGCUCGAUGUUAUAGAUUUUAAUGAAAACUCAACAAAAAAAUUUCCAGCUUUUUGUCACUCUGUCGAAGCGUCGCAUUUAUAGCUUACCCAUCACAAACGAUAAACAUGACAUGCAUUUCCAAGAGCUUGACCACGAACUGAAAUUACUGUAAAUCAUAUAAAACGCACAUGCUGUUGGAAACGAUUCGCCUCCUAUGUGGAAGAAGGAGAGGGCGCAAGCUUUUAGAUGAAAAGGCGCCAUUUAUAGUGUAACCGGUGUAAAUCAAAUCUCACCAGCUUUGAGAUAAAGUUGUUUUGACCAUGUUUAACCUUCUCAUUUUUAUAUUUGCUAUCUAUAUUUGCAAUACUGCAUCUCUGGAUUUCAUUUAAUCUGUUCGACGAUGAAAACGAUGCGGUUUGCAAAUAAUAGCAGCAAGUAAAGGCAGUAAAUUAUAAGGAAGACAUUCCUAGUUGUGCAGCCCCUUUUAUUUGACUUUUUCUAGGUGAAGAGAAACCGCGGCUUGACCCACCAACUUUUGAGAAGAACAUUGAAAGUGUACGUUUAGUAUUGAUAAAUAUAUCAACUUCAAGUUAUUAGAAGCCACUUCAACAUUGAAUGCUAAUUCCUUUUCUCGAUACAAUUUGCUCUCAUAAUCAUAUCAUUAAAAGCCUUAAGAGAGGAUGUCAGCAUUCAUCGAACAAAUUUGAAAUAUUUUGGCAAUUCGCCCAAAAUUCGUGUUCAUACAUACGACAUACUUUUCCUGUGUCGAAAAGUAGCAUCAAACCAAAGACAGUUUUAACAAUGACCGAUAUGACAGAAUCUAAUAAGCUUCUAGCUUUUAAAAGACAAAAAAAGGUUAUAAAGUUACUGUAAAAAUUUCCUUGCGUAUUUGUGUUAUGCUAUCUUCAAGGAGACGAACUCAAAGUCCGGCAAAAUUUCCUUGCUAGCGACUAUGUCGGACGAAAAUAUUCACCAAAAAAUAGAUAUUUCUUUGCCAGCUUCAAUAAUGACAGGGGAUUAAGUUUAGAUGAUAACACAAAGGAUCAUUUUGACAGAAAUACCGGAGGUCAAGUAUAUUCGUUGAAUAUUACCCGAGUUGUGUGACCUCAUGUACGGUGAAAAUUUGAAUGGUGGAACUAAAAAAAAUCAUUUCUCCAAAACUGAAAUAUAUUUUCACAAAAAAACCACACCACAAUUAUAAGGACAUAUUGGGUUACAAUAUAUGAAAAUAAGAGUGAAAGCAAAUUUUGGGUGACUUGCUGCUUUUUGUCUGAUGCAUGUUGACAUUAGCUCUUAAGUAAGGCCUUCUUUCUCGUAGAGAUUUCCCAGCAUGCAACACGCGCGUCACUCAUGAAUCUUGUUAUUACCUAACAAACAACUGAGUUCUAUGCGGCAUAGUGGCAGAGCAUCGUAGCCCAGAGAGCGAGGGUUUCCCAUGGGUAUUUUUUUGAUUCCAUGUUCAUGACGAGACAAACAACCUUUUUUUUCUUAUGCUUUGCUACAUUCUUCUUCCGCGUUUGUUUUUACAGGAACCACAACAAUCACAAGGAUCAACUGAUUCUCUGUAUGAAACCAUUCCAGGUAGAUACCGGUUUAAUUAUGUAACGAGUGAGGUAACUCACUCCCAAAUUUCUUUCAUUUUAAGUCCUUAUUAUGACUGAAAACGGACAGACAACCUCACUUCGCCCCACUUAUCACAUAAGCUGUGGUUACUCUAUGAUCACGGUUCCAUCGCAAAUCCCAUUCAGUACCAUUUACUGAGUUUGGCCUAACAAUAAGCGCAAUGGACGAUGUUGAUUUCUAGGAUGAAAAACACUAUUCUCACAGUUCACUCUCCACCCAGGAGUAUGAAUGGUUACCGGCGAACUGUCGGGCAAGCCUGACGAAAUGUUGGGGGAAUAACUUGUGAUAGACAUCCCAUCUAGGGAGGCGUAGGAAUGCAUCUAGUCGAUUCAUGCAACAGAAACCAGAUAAACUUUGGCUGAAUAAGCCACUUCCCACAAGUACAGACUUCGCCUCUUGUUGCCGGAACCAAUUAUUCAGGCAAAGAACUGAUCAUUACUUUUUCACUUCGUUCAGACUACAGCGACAUUGAAUCGACUUCAGAAGAACAACAUGACUAUGAAGAAGUUACAUACGAGGUAAUUUCAUUUUCCAAACUCACAAGAGUUAGGUGCAUCAUUUAUCAAUGUGUCCAGAGAAGAAAAACUGAAUGAAAAAAUAAUUCUAAUAUUUUACUAUCGUGGAUCUCACCUGAAUUAUACCUUUUUGUUUUAUCGCUAUUAUCAUUAUUAUCAUCAUGUAAGUAUUAUUAGUAUUGUUAUUCAUCCAAAGUAAUCUAUAGAAAAGAAAGAUAAAAAUAUGCAUGUGCACCUUGAAUUUAUUGUUAUUUCUUUAAUAUGUAGCCUCAAGGAUGUGGUACUCCUGAAACACCUGUGGAUCUACCGACAAAUUAUCAACAGGUUUGCCGAAAUUGCUUCAAUUUUUUAGUAAACACGCAAUUGUUUUUUACGCUAUUAUUUAAAAAAAAUAAUACAAUUAAACAUACUACUAACAUUUGUUACUGUAAUGAUGAUGAUAAACACAUUGAUUAUAAUGGUAUUGAUCAUGAUAAUAAUACAGGUAAUGAUGAUGAUGAUAAUAUGAUAAGAAUAGUAGUAAAAAAUUAGCAAGCGCGAGAGGCAAACGAUGUGGCAUGUCAGAACACGUUCAGGUUAAAUUUCUUAUGAUUAAGCUCUUUCAGAGUCACCGAUGCAUCAAUCGCUGAUGCAUCAAUAGUUUGGCCGGAUUGAUCAUAUUUGCUGGUGCUGAAUUGCUGAUACCUCUUUUCAUUAGGAUGCCAUAAAAGAGAAAAUCGCUGGAGGAGAUAAACAGCACCUGAGAAAAUUACUAUGUCUCAGUCAUAGUUGUCUUCUCCCUAUCAGGCGGAUAGAACAUUUAGAUUCCCGCAGUCCAGUCGUUGACAUCGUAAGUAAGACGCUAUACUUUGGACGUAUGACUCAGUCGCAUCCUGAUAAGACUUUCAACCAACUUUGCCUAUAGUCAGUGUACUAGAAUGUAAUAAUAUUUCUUGUUGCCGAUUCCGCCGUAUUCAUUAGUCUAUGUCAGUAUUCAAUGGCAUUGCAAGAGGCCUUUUGAAAGAAGGCCAAUUUAAAUUUCGUUUGCUUAAAGUUUAUAUCGUAUUUGAAACAGCAAUCUUAUUGACGGAAUUAGUCUCUGUUAAAGAUUUUAUUCGACCCUCCAUAAGUGAGUAUCAUCUUUUAGUGGGAUUUCCUUGUCGUGCUAUACGACGAAAAUUGAGCUUCGAGCUUGUUUUGAACUUCAAAUGUCAUUUUUUCUAUGGCCUUUUCAUUUACUUAUUCUUCUCUCAUUAGAUCUCGCCAAGGUUACCCUGUGGAAAUUUAAAGGAUUUUGUCCUCAGUAGAAAAUGUCAGAUAGAAGACAUGAACACAUUCCUCUGCCAGGUUUCCACAGCUUUCCAUUAUCUUCACGUAAAUCAUAUCGUGCACGGAGAUCUUCGCGCUGAACACGUUUAUGUGGUGGCACCAAACAAGGUAAGUACUAUAUACGGGAUUAAAGUCCAGUGAGGCUCAAUAAAAGUAUGCAGGUGCAUUCGAUACUUAAUACAGCUGAACACCGUCAAAUUUAUUCUCAGGAGAUGGUCGAUCGCCCUACGAGUCUAGGCAAGCUUAGACGUUUCAUAUUUCAUGUAAAGCGUCUUCAUCUAGCCAAUAUCACUCAAUCAAUUCUUGAAACUAAUAAUCAAGGAAGACAUUAUGUAUUUUAUAAAGCUCAUUGUUAUUUUGCCUACUUUCCAAAGGCCCUUAUCACGCUAAUAACAUCAAGUGUAAAACACGACUCACGAAUUUUUUUUCCGUAACGCGUGAAAAAUUUGUUUCAGCAUUGUCACACGCCAGUACCGGAUAGCGGUACGCUAGUUAUAGGUAUUGCGUGGCCGCGCGCUUCGUUCUGUUCUUCUCGUGUCUGUAAGCCCGCUCGUUCUGUUACCAUCAUACCAGUUUCAGUAGAGCUUCAGUUGUGUUAUCGAUUUACCUCUACUUCAUUAACUGGCGACAACUGUUUUUCCUAUUCGUAAAACUUGCAAAUACGUUAAGGAUCGCAUCUUGAAGACGAAGCGGUAAAUGUUAAUUUCAUAAGUUUUAAUUUUUGUUUUAACUUACAAAGUGAACGGCAAGUUUUAGGACGAGGCCUGUAAUUUGAACUAUAAAAUAAAUAAAUCAAAAUAUGGCUUAUCUGUUAUGAUUUUCUUCAGGUCCAGGUUGGCCGGCUUGGUCGCUCUAAAUCGCUAACAAUUAGUGCCUAUGAAACCACUAGUACCUCAUGUGUCCUAGAAGCUGUCAUGCCUUCUGAUUCAACUCGUUGGUAAGCAUAAACUCGAAAAAUGAUAAUCUGUACUGUAAGAAAAUUAGUUUUCUGCUGGGCGUCAACUAGACACCUAUUUUACGGCCUAUAUUCAGGUAAUUUGCAUGUCCAGGUUCAAUAACGAAUAUGUUAGGAGGGUUUAGACCUGUUUGUCAUUAGGGUGCGACUGGAACUCGGACUGGAAUUGGGAUUUAAAGGAAAUGCUCAUUUCUUUUUUCAUACAGUUCAUUUUAAACCAUGAAAACAAAAUAGAUGUGUAUAUAUACACAUUAGAGGACUGUUACGAAAAAAGUGAUAAGAGUUAACCGAAAGAGUUUUAGACACGAUUAGUUUUCUUUCAUGACAGGAGCGCACCAGAGGUGAUCCAAGAGAACCGCUACUCUCACGCUAGUGAUGUGUGGGCGUUUGGAAUCUUUGCAUGGGAAUUGUACUCCGCGUUCGCAGCUGGUCAACAGAAUAGAGAUACUGCACUGCCCUACAACAAUAUUCCGGCAGAUAAGGUAAGUUCGUAUCUAAAAUGAGGUCUUCCGAAAUGACUCUAAUUAGAGUUACAAUAAAAACCAAUAAAGCAAAGCUGGAUGAAAUAGAUCCAGACUUUGUUACGUGUGGACGAAGACUAAGACAAAUUUUUAAUCCUUCAGAUUCUAGAUCAUAUGAAAGAAAACGGACCUCUUCACCAGCCAAGUGGCUGUCCUCAUUGGGUUUACAUUUUGAUGCAUCAGUGCUGGACAUAUGAACCAACACAGAGACCUCCUUUCAUCGCAAUUACUGAUUGUCUUUCAAGAAGGUAUGGUUUGCUUUGCUAGCGGAUGUAGAAAGCGAUUCUCUUACCCUCCUCUCAAAAUACCUCGGAUACUCACUGACCAAAGAGUCAAUUUCUCAAUUUUUUUUCAAUCUGCUUCAUCGCAGUUUUGUUUACCAGUCAAUGAUAUUAAUUGUGGUGAGGUAUAAUUUUGUUUCUUGUUUCAACUGGAUCUCAAAAUUCCUCUCAUAUCUCUUGCACUUUUUGAAGGGAACCGAUGCUGUCAUGGAUAAUGGCAUUGUGGCUGAACAAACAUGAGAAGAGUGAAUGGCCGGUUUUGCCAGUAUCUCAGCCUGACGAUGCAAUUCACGUGACGAACUCUGAGGAACACCCAUCCAGAGAAGAUAUCGAGAAAAUGUGUUCUCAAGGAUUUUUUACUCGUCACAAACACCUGUAUGUCGACAGCGUUCGCCAAAACGAGACCGACACCGCUGAGGUAUACGAACACAGCCGCACGAAUUCUCAGUUACCACCGCCACAGGGUUUCCUUGCAUUCCGCCAAUCAGUUCCAAGUAAUCACUCUGACGGAGCGUCCAACGUUGCCGACGAGUAUGAAACGAACCAAGUGAGUAACGCGACAGAAACGGUGUUUGAAGAAUCCACCUCUUGGAGAAUAAGAAAUGUGGAACAUACGGCUGAGUCCGUUGAGAGCACCGAUUCGAUUUCUUCCUGCCCUACAGAAGCCUCCGAGGUUUCUAACGAGGACCGACGUCUCGAAAAUCACACCGAUGGCGUUGCUUGCGCUUACUCGUUAUAUGGUGAGGGCCACGCAACUGGUGUUGAAAAUGCCAAGGAUGCCUCCGAGGGCGGGCACAUUUUGUAUGAAAACGCAGGUUACAAAGACCUUACAUUAACCAGGGAGUGCUACAUGCCACUGAGAAAUAACCAGGGGGAACCCAAAAUACCAGGUUAUAUCAACGCACUAGCCGAGGAGACCGGUGUACCGCUGUCCCAGACAGAAUACGGCAACAGAGGCACUCCUGCUGAUCCCGACAUGUGCGUGGACCUUGCUACCACAGAAUCCUUAAGUUCUAACGAACAUGACCCUAACAUAGAGGAGCAGCCAAGCUUCACUUUUUAUGAAGACAUGGCCAUUCUCAUACUCCUCCUUCAAUUGAUAUUUAUUUAUUUCCUUUCUUGAAAGAACUUAAUACAACGUGUUAACUCGGGGUCUAACUCUACUCUGUCCAUGAAGGUGUUGGUCUCCAGCUUAUAGAAGUGACAGUUAGAAAGCUGUUAAUAUUUGACCAACGUCACUAUUUCUCACUUUACCAGAGAAUCAUGCUGAAUUACGUUAAACAGAUUCCGCGUACUAUGUAUGUACCCUCGGUUUGUUGACUCUUUUCAAAACGACUUUCUUCCUAAAAUUUCAUACUUUUGCGGUUAAGAUCAGCCGAAACAAAAACAAGAUUGACAAUAUGAAAAUUAUAAAGGACCCGUUGCACACUUAAAAAGAUAACUAAAGAGAAAAUAGCCCUUAAGGUUUGUUACAUGACAAAGUACUUUUUCAAGAAUAUUUAAAUGUAUAUGCAAACGUCGUUUUGACAAAUUUAGACAUGGGCUUUGAAAGUUCUUUGUAUGCAGCUAGGAAAUCCAUCGUGUUAUGACCCUUUAUCUAUCGUAAUAAUUUCAGAAAGUAUUUUUGACACAGUUUUCACAGAAGUAACGUUGUUAAGGUUAGUGACUAUGGUGAGGUGUGACAAAGUGAUUAAUCAGAACAAACAUACCUAGCACCCUCAGUUCGGCCAUAACAAAAACAUUUCAUAGCAUAGUGUUGGAAAUAGAGAUGUCUUUGUGUCUUUAAAUUAAUUUGUAUAUAUUUUUAACUGUAGAUGAAAGAUGUUUUGCGAUUAAUAUUCAUACUUUGUAUUAUUCUUAGUUAUUUAAUAGAGAUAUCUAUGUGUUUUUAACCAGUUUUUCUAACUGACUUUCUUUUCUGACUGUAGAUGAUAAAUGUUUUGUGAUUGAUAUACAUACUUUUUGCUAUUCAUAGUUAUUUUAUGAUUUCUCGGUUGAAUUUUUAACACAGAGGGCCACUAGUUUAUCAGUUAUACUAUCAUGUGUUACCCUCCCUAAAAAAAGUUGUUACUUACUUGCUUAUCUUUAUAAUUUUAUAAGAAUUGUGAAAAAACUCUAUAUUCCCAAAGUAAUUACAUAGAGAAUUAGAUAGUAACAAAAAUGGCAACACCACAGUGACUUCUAAAGUAAAGGAUUGGACAUAUGCGUUGUCUAGCCAGCCCCUGACUGCUUGAACGCCGUUUGACAGCUGGCGUUUCGGUUGUUAUCAAAAAGUAAUCUUUAAGGGCUAAAAAUCUAUGCUUAAAUAUCAAUAGGGAGAAAUGAAAAGCGCAAUUUGAAUUGAAUUGAAAUCUAGGGAAGCCUAAAGUAAUCAGAAGGAUAGUAGUCAUGUGAAUUUUAUUUAGAACCAGUGCUCGUCGUUGUACACAAAGAUGGACAUGUUCAAGACUGAUAUCGACUGCGAUCCAGAAGAUGCCAGAUUCGAAAGGCUAGAUGGCACUGAUGGUUCAGCUGAAAUAAAACAAUUCGUUCCUAUAUUUGAAGCAUCUCACUGCCAUUCACAUGGCGUUUUGUUUUGAAAAGAAAAGGAAGAAAAAAAUGGUAUGCUGCCACAUCUGAUCAUGUUUUGUUUGCCUAGAGUGGUUCGGUGAACAUGUAAGUUACUGAUACAGCAUGCUUGUGCUUAAUUCCAGUUUGCAUGCUUUUUCAGUGACAUGCACCAAAGGGGACCGAUACUCAGACCCAUUAUCGUUUACAUAAGGUGGUACAGCGAACAUACUCUGAGUCAGUUACUGACACAGCAUUCUUGUACGGGUUUCCUGUUUGCAUACUUGUUCAGGAGACCUGGGAUGUCCCUUAUGCACAUAUAAAGUGGUCUGUGCGUUCACCCCAAAGGGGGAAGACCCUCUGAAGGAGUGCCGCUUGUUUAUUACGAAGGAUGUGAUCAACCAAGGCUUAAACUGGAUCUUUUUCAACUAAAGGGUAAUGCCAAGACACUAUUGUGUCGUCAAAGGCGCUCUACUACAUUACAUAGAUUACACAGCAUCCUCCCUCGAUCCACCAUCCAUAAAACAAUCAUAGGAUUGGAGUUGUUUCAUUUGACGCCCAUAAUUAUUUUUAACUAUUUCGCUUUAAAAAAAAUAACUUUAUCAAGUUGUGCGACAUUCCACAGCUUUGUCCUGUUCGCUCUUUGCUGCCUGAUCCCGGGUCCGACCCCCAUACAUUUAUAUAAAAAUUUGAGGGAAUCUUCGAGACGAAUGCUCCGAUCGACAUCGGUUGUGCACCAUGAAACUUAACUGAACUACGAUAUAGCUGGCUGUCGGAGAAGAAAAGAUUGUUGGCCCAAUAAGGCUAAACGUGCAGGAGUCAAACUUUCCAACUCUAAAUAAUUCCGUUGUUUUAAAGCUGAUGUUUCGAGCGUUAGCCCUUCGUCAUUCGCUCUGAAGAAGGGCUAACGCUCGAAACGUCAGUUUUGGAACUCUCAACGGUGGCUAAUUUACGUUAUCAACUCAGUUGACAAUACCGAAUCGACGUAGCACCACGGUUUCUUAAGAAACUUACCCCGUUUUUCAAUUGUAGAAUUCGUAAAAUUAGUCUAUUUAAUGCCCAUAUAUAUAUUUUGUACUUAUUGACUGCCGGAGUAGGUGGGCUGGGGGAAAAUAUUUAGCUCAACGUCAUGUAAGGUCUCCACGUCAUAACGGAAGCCAGACAUUUUCCCGUCAUGCCCGACAAAAUUCAUUCAAUAAGUAUUGCAUCAUAUCAUUACGAAGUCUUUUUGAAAUUAUGUGUGAUCCUAAAUAGGACGAGAUCACUUUCAUGUUAAGAAUGCGCUGGAAAUCUACAAAACAAGAUUUUUCAGUAGAGCGUUCCCUUUAUUUCUUCUUAUUUGAACAAACAAAUCACGAUUUAUCGAGAAUCGAAACUUAUUUUCAUAUUUGUUCUAUACAAAGUUUUUUGCCAUUGAAUGUGGGGCGCACGACUUUUUUCCGGAUCAAAUUUACUUUGACCCGUAUAGCCCAAUAAACGUCAGCUUUCAUUGUAGUUUUUUGCAGGAUUGUUCAAGUGGGGCCGUAAAGGUCAUACACUUAACAAAAUUUAUCCAAAAAUUUAUUAAAAAAUGCAAAGUUGUAGACUUCGUAAUUGCCUAUGGCUAAAAAUAUAUACAUAUUUUUUUUAAAAUUUCAGAUUGAUUCAAAGGGACUCGAGACCCAUUCGCUCAGACGAAAGGCUAACGCUCGAAACGUCAGCUUUGAAACUCUUUACCGUGGCCAAUUUACGUUAUCAACUCACUUGAUAAAACCUGAAAAAAAAAAAAAGUGUUGGGUUCAUUUCGUAUGGAGCACGCGUCAAAUUUUUACUACAGAAAUAAUUUUCAACAAGCUUGGAUGGAAAUGAUAAUCCUUCUGAGAAACGUUUUCAACGAUACGCUAACAAUGUUUUCAUUAAUAAAGUUGCCAAUUCCCUCGAUUUCCUUUAUUGUUUUUUCUUUUGGUGUUUACUGACAUCCUACAAUGUAGUUUUGCAAAUGAGAUUCAAAUGAGCGUGACAAAACACUCUCUACUGAUCUAAUGGCUCAUAGCUUCUGGUCUUUAAAUGGAAGAGACAAGACAAGUUGGCUUGUUGAAGGAGAGAGUUUGAUUUAGAGAACUAACUAUUUGAAUAAUUAUGCAGGGGAAAUACAUAAGUUACAGGCACUGACACAAAUUGUUUAUCACUUUUCGAUCACAAAGGACUUGAUAACCCUCAAUGAAAUAAACUUUUCCUAUUUUGUAAUUCAUAGUAAAAGAGACUCCUGGGCCGGGUUGUUCAAGGCACGAUGAAGCUAACAGAGGCCGGAUUACUCAAGAGUUUUUUAUUAGUUUUGAAGCUUUGCAGACAGUGAAUUGUAUUUAUUUUUUUAUACGGUUUCACCGCUCACCAAGGGUAAAACCCCUAAAAUGUAAUCCCUGUUACCCGCUUUAUUUCAGGAGAAGUCAAAGACAGGUAAAACUUUCAUAUCUAACUUAUUGCUAACCACCUUUCGAACAACUGUGGAAUACACAAUUUUUCUCAAAAAAAUAAUAAUAUUAGCCAAAUACUCGCAAAACUACCCGUAAGAGUCUGAAAAAAGGUCGUUUGAAGUCACCUUUGAGUACUUGAAAUGCGCUGAUUAAUUUUCAUCGCAAGACACAGGAAACAAGGAGGCUUUCCUGUCGGUUACUAAUAUUAGGAAGCACUGGAACAAGGCAUCUAUGAGUUGAAUAAACACUCAACUUCCCCAAAGACGAAAGCAAUACUGAUUUAACCUGUUCACCUGAUGUAAACUGACAUUAAAAUUACAAAACAAUUUUAAUAAUAAUAAUAAUAAUAAUAACUUUAUUUAAUGAGGGUAAAAACAUUGAUUACUGGUCACCCAGUAGUUUUCAUAAUGGCCCUCCUACAAUUAAAGUACUAAGAUGUAUCGAUUGAAUAAUUGACUACCUAUAUAAUCUACAAACUAAAAUUACAUUAAGAACUACUAUUAAUACAAUAUUGAUUGAUUUACUACUAAUGAAACUAAAAAGUUUUACGAAUCUUAAAAUGAUCAAAAAAAGAAGUCAUACUACAGUAAAAUUUAACUAAGUAAUUUUUAAAAUUAGUAUGAGAGAGUGUCUUUGGUUCGGGAUCAAGAGCGUUCCACAAAUGGCAAGCGCUUGAGUGAGCUGGUGUUGUAAUAUUGUUAUUAGAAGCGGAUCUCGUGUUAUAAUUAUGGGUGUUACUUAUAUGUUCAAUAUAUCUAUUAAAAUAAGCCGGGCAAUGUCCUUGAUUUAUUUUAUGAAGCAAAUAAAGCUUCCUAAUAUGUAUGAUAUCAUCUAUAGGCAGCCAAUGUAAUUUGUUAAAAAGCUUGACUGAGUUUUCGUGAGUAUCAGCAUCUAAAAUAAGCCUAGCACAUCGUUUCUGUAGUCGUAAAACUCUUUGGAGAUUACCAACGGUACAGUUGCCCCAGACCGUACAACAAUACUCUAGUAUUGGCUUGAUGAGGGCAUUGUAUAACAUUUUCCUGCAAGCAAAGGUUAAAUAAACCUUUGCUCUUUUAAGGAGACAUAUUCUAGAGUUUAACUUUCACUCCAUACCCUCCAAAAAAGAGCGCAGUUAUGCCGAAUAACUGCUCGUUAAGCAGCUUACGGUGAGAAAUUGACAGCUUUGUGUCUAUAAAUAAUUGAGAUUUUGAAACAAGUUUGAAAGCCUCUGCGCUUUGAGAUACGAGCAUCUGGAACCGGCUCAAAGAAAUUUGUUGGAUUGGUGUUUUGAAAUGAGUUUUUUUUUACUCAGUAAUUCAUAUCUAACAAUUCAGUAUAUUUAAGAGAAAUAAUCACAAUAAAACAAAAUCAACAGUGGUCUGAUAGCAGCCACACGAUCGCAAGUGGUUAAGAAGAAAGCUAAGUCAUUAUCAAUGGUAUUAUCUCAAUGCUCGAGGCCAGGCUUGCCUGACUGCUGAACCGAUUUUAAAAGGGUAAUUUCGCAAUCGAAAUGGGUGUGAUGUAAUAUAUUCUUCAUCAAAACAUGCUUAAAGUAUGAAGUCGUCACGGAAUUAUCACUUGAGCUAGGGGUUCCCCUAAAUUUGAGACACAAGCAUCUGGAGCCGGUUUGAAGACCGGUUUCAGAUGCUCGUAUCUCAAAGCGGAUGGAUGAAACGGAUGAAAGCAAUACUGAUUUCACCUGUUUACCUAACAUAAGCAGACAUUAAAAGUACUAGACAAUUUUCACUCCACACCCUCCAAAAAAAAGCGCAGUCAUGCCGAAGAAACUGCUCGUUAAGCAGCUUACGGCGAAAAGUUGACAGCUCUGUGACUAUAAAUAAUUGGGGUUUUGAAAUACAUUUGAAAGCCUUCGCGCUUUGAGAUACGAGCAUCUGGAGCCGGCUUAAAGAAAUUUGUUCGAUUACUGUUUUGAAAUUAUUAAUUUUUUUUACUAAGUAAUCCAUAUCUAACAAUUGAAUAUACAUAAGUUCGAGAAAAAAAGCAAAGACGAUGACGCAGCGUUAAUAGGCUUCCGCUUACGUAUCUUGCGGUCUUUAGCAGGGAAAGAUAAACACUCGGUUUUCCUGCUUAAAUUACGCUUGAAACUGCUUAUUUAUGAACCAUAUUCCCAUUUUAAGUAACUCUAAGCGAAAAAGUGAUUGAGUUUGAAAAAAGAAGGCUCGAAAAAAAGAAUAGUAAAUACCGGUACCAUAUCAAAUUAUUUUAAGACUUCCGCGAAGAUUGCGUUACUUCGAUUUGGAAUUCGUCAGUGGGCUAAAUUCUUGAAUCAACACUGGUCUGAUAGCAGCCACACGAUCGCAAGUGGUUGUGAAGAGAGCUAAGUCAUCGUGGUAUUAUCUCACUGCUCAAGGCCAGGCUUGCCUGACUGCUGAACCGAUUCUCAAAAGGGUAAUCUUACUCUAGAAAUGGGUGUGGUAUGUAGAUAUAUUCUUCAUCAAAACGUGCCUGAGGUAUGAAGUCAUCACGGAAUUAUUACUUAAUGAUCUGGGGGUUCCCCUAAGUUGUUAUAUAGUCUCGAUGCUCUAACGACCUUUUCAUUAUCGUUUCUGUUAAGGGAGUUGAGCACUGCCUCGUAACUUUAUGGACGUUUCUGUGGUUGUUGGUAUCAUUCUGUUCACCACUUGAGAUGGCCACAUACGACGGUUAGUUACAAUUUGAUGCGUUUGAGUGAUUGGUAUCAUUUAAUCAAAUAAUCAAUGAUAACCGCAACAACCGCUCGACCUUUUACGUCCUAAUCGAACACUGCGCACCGACUCGUGCCCUUUGAAAUUGAACCAAGGUUUAUUGGUGCGAGUGGUUUUGUUUUCUCUUACUUCCCAUGUGCCGUUCAAAACGUUUAAGCUUCGCCGUCUGAUCGUGUCUUGAAAUGAGCUUGGCUUGCGUGUAUCGUCCCUAAGAGAGUGAGCAGAAAUAAGUAUGCAGAGAGCUUCCUAGUGAAGAUUCGUGGAAUCGAAAGCAGGAAGUUUAAUGAAGGCCUCUUAAUCCAACAAAUUGCUAAUUUGUUGACAGAAGUUUGUUCAGUUAGUCUAAUAUUGCGUCAUUCAACGUAACUAUCUAAAACGGUUCUUGGAUUUAAAUAGACACUUGCCAAUCGUAUCGUUGUCGGCGAAAAGUCUAUUAAAUAAACCAAGCACAGCGAAGCACUUGCAGUGUACACUUUCCUAUCUGUUGUUGAGAUUAUUCUUUGCUGAUUCCCUGAGCUCGAUUAAGGUAAACUUUUAUUUCAACUGAGUCUUGUUCACGAAGGUUUUUGGUGUGUAUUAGGCUGAACUUCAUAAAUCUCCCCGCGUUAACUUUCCAUAUUUCCAUUACCGGAUAGGUUGGCGGGGAAACCAAUUUGUUUCAAUGAAGUCGCUAUAAACAACUCUUUGAAUUAUACAAGGAGCUUAUACAAUAAGCGCUAAUGGACAAUUACGCUGCCUACUUGAGUAAUAUUAUGCAUGAUUUUUCGCUCUGACGAAGAGCUAACGCUCGAGACGACAGCUUUAGGAAGUAUUUACGGUGGCCACUCUAUAUUAUUAACUUUAUUUGAUAAAAAAAAUUAUUUUCAAUUAGGCAUAGUUUCAAGAGGCUCAGAACAAUUUUCAUAUGUUUAAUAACCCACUGCCUGUUGAAUGACUACAACUACUAUUUUUAAUCUGGUGCUUUGAGAGUGGCAUGACUCAAAUUCCCAAUCAUCAGUAGACACUUGACAGCCUAGUGAAAGUGAGAGUGAAAGUGUUUUGAGGCACUUCAAAAGCAAACUAUUACCACAUUGCUUUUUAUCUUGAAGAUACCAGCGACUCAAGCUAUGGAGAUAUUUCGGGAGAAUUUUCUGGUAAGGUUGUUGAAAGAUCAGUAUUUAUUCGUUAUUCGGCAUCUUUUUUGGGGGUUGACAAACGUGGACUAGUAAUUAAAUAAUGAAGUAUAUAUUGCUUACAUUCGUUGCAUGCUGCAUCAACCAAUGUUCUUGUUCGAACGUGCGUUUGAACGUGAUUUCAUUGAAAUCGUAUCGAGUGCAUAAAGAAAUCUUUCAUUGAUAAGGAAGUAAAUGUAGCUGAAAUGACUUAUUAACAAACAUAACUCUUCUUAAAAUCCCAACUUUAGACGUGCCAAGCAGACGCCGCAAAGUUGUCGUCAAAAAGUUUAACGUCAAUGUCAAUGGAGGUGGUAACGUAGCGGUCGGCCACCGUGCUCGUAUCACUGGUGCCCCAACGAAUCAAUCAACGGGUACAAUUUAUUUGUAAUUGAUUUCUAUGUAAUAUUUUGAAAAUAUGAAGUUUUAAGAUGCUUUUGUACAGCGUUUUCAAUUCUCUUACUCGGCCAUUUCUUAGUUAUUUCAGAAGAAGACAGAAACACUAGCACUCCACAAAACCACGAAAUUGAUGAGAGCCUCAGCUAUUACGCUAGGAAUAUUGAAGAGGAGUACUGUCCCCGUAAUUAUUAUCAACAAACAAAUGUGGGAGAUUGGACUCCAAAACCAAUCAAUGGAAUUCUUAUCCAGAAAGGUAAGAUGGUAAGAACAGCUCCCAAAACUUGACGACUUUUGUGGGUUAACGAGACCGCGAUUGCUCAUCAUUUGAAUUAACAUUACCAUUCUGAUCCUGUUUUCUACCGUUAUGCUUCAACAGGUGAAAACGAUUUUCAGUGGUCCGUCGAAUCCUUUCUUGAAAACCCAGAGAAGUUUAUGCGGGAAAUGGACACCUCCGCUGGUUCACUGAAGGAGGAAAAAGAAUUUUUUAUACUUCGCUGUAUAUUGCCAUACCUGGAACGAGAAAUGUGGGGCAAAUCUGGUGCAAACAACAUUGAUGUGUACAGGGUCCUUGCUCAAGUAAGCAGCAGCCAAGGUUGCGGUGACGUUGCAAAGCACUCUUUACAACAACUUCAGCAUCUACUAUACAGGGAUUCUAUUCAGAGUGCUAAGCAAAAUUUGUUGAGUGUGGAAAAGAUACUGCGAUUGACCAUCGUCUCCCAAGACGGAGCAUUCAAGGAGGAGGCAGACUCAAUACGACUUCUAAGGCUAACAGUAUACGGCUGCAUACUAUCGGAGUUAAUCAUUCACCAGAAUCAAACAGGGUUCUCUAAAAUUGACGCAGAGAACAACUUGAAACAGCUCCUGGAAAUUAAAAACUAUUUCAGUAAGAUAACCUUGAAAAAAAAAGACAUUUUAAGAUACUCUAUUGAGUUCAUCCAGGAGGCCAUUAGUUAUCUUACGCGGCCACCUAAUAAGACAGUGGGUUCAGAUUUGGGAAAUUACCUCGAGGAAUGCAAGAGAUACUGUGCAAAUUCGGACACUCCUAAUGAGGAGUUGUCACUUCUAAAAAAGGUGAAGAGAUCCGGAGUGAAAUGGUGCGAGCUGCAUUGUAUAUUUUAUUAUCUGCACGGGAAGGUAGGUGUCCUUUAUUCAGCAGAGUCCCGUUUGGCUACUGGUACAAACAUGCCAUGUACAUAGGUUUUGUACUUCAUUAUUUAAAAGUGAACGACGAUCAAAUUGAAAAUCAAAUUAGAUCUUGAAUAGCCAAAAGAUAUAUGGCACCAUGGUGUCUCGUAAAACUCACUUCACAUGCAAUCAGACCAUUUUGUUUCAAAUUCAGAAACUUCACUAAGGCCGUAAAAUAUCUUAUCAAUGUUUAAUCCUCACCAUUCUUCCUCAAGAUCCUUUCUCCCCAUCUUUCCACCCUCCCUUCCCACCUUCCCUUCUACACAACCCUCGAAAAGAGACAGACAACAAAAACAAACCAAAUACUGUUAAGAUCAACUUGUUUACCCUCAAGGCUCUCCCAAGAGUAAACAAACUGUAUCAAUUCGUUUAGGUCCACACGGAACGUCCGGAGCAGAUUAACAAAGAGAGGAGGACCAUGAAACUUUUAAGGCUGGUGUUAAUGGCUCGUCUUGAUGGUGGAGGAGGAAAUGACUGGAGGUUUUGUUUGCAGGUGGCAUCUAUACUAUCAGAGAUUGCAAUGAAGAAUGCGACUCAAGGUAAUUACAAUAAUAAUAAUAUUAAUAACAAUAUUAUUAAAAAUAAUAAUAAUAGUGAUAAUAGUAGCAGUUUAGCAAUGGACAUUCCUUUCCACUGUUUUCGGGUCGAAUUGAAAUUUUGAAUAUUGGUUUUGAGGAGGGAGAAUCAAACCCGGGCCACAGUGGUGGGAGGCGAGUGGUCUCACCACCGCGCCAUCCCCGCUUCCCAAAGGAAAAUAGGAAUACAGGAAUGACAAGCUAGUGUUAGAAGAGUUGUUCAAAAGCUACAUACCGGUGGGGAUCAUGAUUAUCAUUGAUUUUGAUCCUUUUUGCAAAGGCUGACUUCCUUAAGGAAAUUCAUUCCCAUUCAUUCUGAUAGACCGACAUUCUUGACAAUUGCAUCAGACGAAGAAAAGAUCUAACCUGUGACUUUAUUUCAAUCAAUGCGACUUACCACUCGAGUUACCGUGGGUGCGUCCGUGAUACCUUUAAACCCCCGGAUUAAGAAUGAUCGGGCUAUCUGUGUCCGUGUCUAUGUAGGUAAGGAUCUGGCUAGAAAGGAUACCACUUAGUAUCGCCAUAAUAAUCAUAACCAUCUUUUUUCAUUCAAAGCAUUGAGAUUCGAAGCAAGUUUAUGUCUGGUUCAUCUUCGCAAAGAUGAAAAGGCAAGGAAGAAACCACAGUGCAGAGCUAUUGUCGACCGCUUCUCUAGAGGGAUGCUGUUCUGUCCUGACCGUUCCAUCAAGAGAUUAUUUGUUCCUCAUUUCUUUGACAACCAAAGUGACCAGCACAUGCUUCCAACAGAACUCCACAAUCAGCACCUGGUGUCGUGUUACAAGACACACACUUUGGAAAUUGACAACAUGGUAACUACUAGGCCGAGUAAUGAGACCUCGAGCUGUUUUGUCAGCCACGGCGUGUUAAAACGCCAAGAAGUGGCCGUAAAAGUCUUAGCCGUCUCCAAGAAGGAUCUCGUGGAGGAAGAAACGUCAACACAGUCGGAGGCGAAAAAGCGACUACGUGCAGAAGCAUACAACCUGUGGCAAUUAAGCAAUCUAAGGAAGCAUCCAAACAUCCCUUGUCUUCUCGCCUACAACACAACAGCCUUUCCUCAUCACAUAAUAACUUCAUAUGAAAAGUACGGCAACCUUCUCCAAAUUGUAAGAGGCUCAAGGGAACGCAAGCCUCUGUCGUCAGCUACUCUUUACAAAAUGAUAAUUGGAGUAACAGAAGCCCUCCUAUACCUACACCAAGAGCUUAAUUUGGUUCAUCGAGCUGUUACGGCGGAAAACAUUCUAGUUGGCGAUGGCUAUUUUGCCAAGCUUAGUGGAAUGCACUCUUUAGGGGUGCUGCAGCACGGAAUAAACAAGGAAGGUAAGAUUGGUCAACUCUCAGAGUUUCUUUUCUGCUGCUCAUAAUCUUUGUUAUUUUAUAGUUUCAUUCAACUCAAGCCGAACUGAUAGAGAUGAGCAGAGACAAAUGUUAAUACGAUUUUUUCUCCAUUAUUUUCGGAGAAGUUGAUGUCACAGAAGGGAAUGACAACCAGGGGAAUAAUACUCAACCUCCUGCUCUAAUCACAUCUUUAGGUGAUAGAUCAUCUGGCUAUGAAUACGCUUUGGACUACGAUGGCUUAAAAGAAUUUAAAGGCGAAAGUGGUGAAACACUGCCGGUGAGAUGCAAAGCUCCAGAGACACUAUCAAGAAAUUGUUACUCCAUUCCCUCUGAUGUGUGGGCCUUUGCAGUCUUUGUCUACGAGACGCUCACCUUAGGUUGUCGCCCAUAUAAAGACAUACAAAGAGACGAAAAUGUAGUCGAUUAUGUAAGAAGAAUUACAGUAUUGUUUUGUAUCUCUAAUUUACUAUUUAUACGAUGAAAUUGCUACUACAAUAUCACAACUUCAACUAUAGUGUUCUAUGACAUUGAAAGCCACUGUAUUUAUACAAUUUCACACAGAGUAAUACUGACAUUACCACUUUAACACAACCGUUACAAAAGCUUCUGUCAUGGCAAUACCUAGCUUACAUAGCUAUACAAAAUUUGAUCUAUCCAAUUUUGUUGUCAUAACUGUUGCCCGUAAAAUAUCAAAAGGUUAAGAGAAUUUAGCCCGAAUCUUGCCAUUUUGAAAGAUCGAACCAGAAAGAUGAGUCAUUGUGAUAAAGGACGCAUUCUUUUACUUUAUUAUUGAUUAUUUGAAUUUAAACGUUACACAAUUCAAACGUUAAGACCAAGCGUUCUCGUGCUAUUUUAAGGUUUUGCAAAAGACCGACGAGGGAAUAUUACCGCAGGAAAGUUGCAUCGAAGAUGAUGAAUACAACCUUAUGAAGCAGUGCUGGAAAAGAAAAAGGGGUGAAAGAAUCGGCUUGUUUGAGCUCAAAGAACAAUUCCAAUGUAUGCGAUCAAAGAUAGUAAGCUCAGGUUGGUGAUUUCUUAAGGUGAACACUUUGACAACAUCAUUACAGCUCUAUUUCAUAAAUUAUAAUGAAAACUCAACAAAAACAUUUCCAAGUUUUCAAAACUCUGCCGAAGCGUCGCAUUUUUAACUUACAUAUUACAAAGGGAAAGACAUCACAGGCAUUUUCCACAAGCUUGAUCACGAACUUAAAUUGUGGAAUAUUAUGAAAAACGAAUAAGCAGUUGGAAACGAUUCGAGUCAAGUUAUUUUGAUCAUGCGUAACCUUCUCAUUUUAAGACUUGCUGUCCUUUUUACUUUCAAAACUAUCGAUAUUUGCAAUACUUCAUCCCCGGAUAUCAUGUUGUAUCGUAAGUUGAUAUAUAUUUCAAUGACCUUUUCGACGAUGGAAACGCAAAAUUAUGUUUCCGAUGCGGUUUGCAGAUGAUCGCAGCAAGUCAAAGCAGUAAAUUAUAGGAAUGACAUUCCUAGCUGUUUAUCCCGUUUUAUUUGACUUUUGCCAGGUGAAGAGAAACCGCGGCUUGACCCACCAAGUCUCGAGAUGAGCAUUGAAAGUGUACGUUUAGUAUUAAUCGAUAUGUCAACUUCUGGUUAGCAGAAGCCAAUUCCACUUUGUAUGUUAAGUCCUUCUCUCGAUACAAUCUGCUCUCAUAAUCAUAUCGUUACAAACCUUAAAGCUUUCUUUCUGGCAGAAAUUUCCCAUACAACUCUUUUCUUUAUGCAACUUCGGAGCUCAAAGAAUUUACCAUCUUUCUUAUCCCAUUUACUCACAUUAUGAAAUUGCUGAUCUUAAAGAAUGCAACACGGGCGUUACGCAUGAAACUCAUAGUUACCCAACAAACUGAGUUCUCUAGCAGAACAUCGUAGCCUAGACAGCGAAGGUCUGGGCUUCAGUUUCCCCUGUAUAUUGUUUUGAUUCCAAAUUCAUGAGAGUACAAAUAACAUUUUUUGUUGUCGUAUGCUUUGCUAAAUUCUUCCUCCGCGUUUAUUUUUACAGGAACCUCAACAAUCACAAGAGUCAACUGAUUCUGUGCUGUAUGAAACCGUUCCAGGUAGAUACUGGUUUAAUUACGUAAAGAGUAAGCUAACUCACUCCCAUAUUUCUUCACUAAGCUAAGAUUUUGAGUCCUUAUUAUGACUGAAAACGGAUAGACAACCUCACUUCGACCCACUUAUAACAUAUGCUGUCGUUUUCCAAAGAUUAACAUUUCAUUCGCAAAAUAUUCGUGUAGAAUAUUCAUUUCACUCCCGCUUAUUGGUGUUUUUGUUGUUUAUCGACCUUUAAGCUUUUCGUGAAAACACGGUUCCAUCAUAAAUUUCAUUCAAUACCAUUUAUUGGGUUUGGCCCACCAAUAAGCGCAUUGAACGAUGUUGAUUUCUAGGACUAGAUACAUUACCCUCACAAUGCCUCUCUCCAUCCAGGAGUAUAAAUGGUUAUCGGCGAACUGUCGGGCAAACCGACGAAAUACUGCGGGGAUAGCUUGUGGUAGACGCUCUAUUAAGGGGGAUGCAGGAAUGCCUCUACUCAAUUCAUGCAACAAAAACCAAGAUAAACUUUGGCUGAAUAAGCCACUUCUCACAAGUACAGACUUCACCUCUUGUUUUGCCAGAACCAUUAAUUCAGGCAAAGAACUAAUCGUUAUUUUUUCACUUUGUUCAGACUACAGCGAUAUUGAAUCGACUUCAGGAACCAUCUACGAAGAACAAUAUGACUAUGCAGAAGAUACAUACGAGGUAAUUACGUUUUCCAAACUCACAAGAGUUUGGUGCAUCAUUUAUCAAUGUAUCCAGAGAGGAAAUACUAAAUUAAAAAUAAUUCUGAUGUUUUACUAUCAUGGAUCUCACUUGAACUUUACCUCCUUGUUUUAUUGCUAUUAUCAUUGUUAUUAUCAUAUCAUUAUUAUUGUUACCGUUACUAUUCCUUACUCACGAUCCAUCCAAAGUAAUCUAUUUUAAAAAACGAUAAAAAUUCAUUUUGUGCACCUGGAAUUUACUGUUUUUUCUUUGAUAUGUAGCCUCAAGGAUAUGGUACUCCUGAAACACUUGUAGAUCUACCAACAAAUUAUCAACAGGUUUGCCCAAACUGCUUCAAUUUUUAGUAAAAACAAAUAUUUUUUACGCCAUCAUUCCAAUAAAAAUUAUACAACUAAACAUACCACUACCAUUUAUUACUGUAAUGAUGAUGAUAAACAUAUUGAUUAUAAUGGUAUUGAUCAUGAUAAUAAUAAAGGCAAUGAUGAUAAUAUGGUAAGAAAAAUUGUAAUGAUUAGCAAGCGCGAGAGAUAAACAGUGAGGCAUGUCAGAGCACAUUCAGGUUAAAUUUAUUAUGUUUAAGCUUUUUCAAAGUCACCGGUGCAUCAAUCGCUAAUGCAUCUAUAGUUUGAUCGGAUUGAUCAUAUUUGCUGGUACUGAAUUGCUGAUACCUCUUUUCAUUAGGAUGCCAUAAAAGAGAAAAUCGCUGGAGGAGAUAAACAGCACCUGAGAAGAUUGCUAUGUCUUAGCAAUAGUUUUCUUGUUCCUAUCAGCCGGAUAGAACAUUUAGAUUCCCGCAGUCCAAUCGUUGACAUCGUAAGUAAGACGCUAUACUUUGGACGCAUAAAUCAGCUGCAUCCUAAUCAGAAUUUCUACCAACUUUGCUCAUAGUCGUUGUCACUAAAAUUUAAUUUCUUGUCAGCGAUUCCGCCGUAUACAUUAGUCUUUGUAGUAUUCAAUGGCAUUGCAAAGGGCCUUUUGAAAGAGGGCCCAUUUAAAUUUCGUUUGCUUGAAGUUUAUCAUAUUUGAAACAGCAAUCUUAUUAACAGAAUAAGUCCUUCAGACAUGGUUUGAUGCUACUCUGGUUUACAGAUUUAAUGAAUGUAACCGAAGAAGUUUACAAUUCAUAGACACAACGUUUCGACACUCCUGUCUAGUGCCUUCAUCAGGGGUGAUCUAAACGCUGCAACAAGAGGUCCUUUUAUAUGAUCACUUCUUAGCGGCCUUUUUUCUGACGAAGUGUAAAUAGGCGUCAGGAAGCAAACCGCCAUCGUCACGAUUUAAAGGAACGUGGGCGGAGUUAAUAUGCCAAGCCUCCAAACAAAGGCGCUGGUGAUAACGCCGAUUAGUGUUGAUGAUUUUAGAGUUAACCCACCCAAUUAUAUGGUUAGUUAGGCAUGUGUGCUCCGAUAAAGCUGAAUUUUCCUUUUUGCAAAAGAAAACCGCUUUUUGAUGCUCUUUCGAACGUGUACCAAACUGAUGUUGGUCUGUCCGAUGUAUUCGUUGUCACACUCAUUGCAAGGAAUAGAAUAAAUGGCGUUGGUUCGUUGUUCUCUCGUGACAGGAUCCUUAGGCUCGGCAAAAAUAUGCCCCAAAAUCUGAAAAGGUUUUUGAGCAACUUUAACGCUAACGUGUCUAUGAAUUGUAAACUUCUUCGGUUAAAUCUGAAAACCAGAGUAGCAUCAAACCAUGUCUGAUUGCCCACCUAGUUGCCGUAUGAACUUUAAUAUAGAAUAAGUCCUUAUUAAAGAUUUUUUUCGACCCACCAUAAGUGAGUAUCAGCUUUUUGUGGGAUUUCCUUGUUGUGCUAUUCGAUGGAAAUUGAGCUUCGUGCUUGUUUUGGGCUUCAAAUUUCAUUUUUUUCCUUGGUCUUUUCAUAAACGUAUUCUUCUCUCGUUAGAUCUCGCCAAGACUACCCUAUGGAAAUUUAAAGGAGUUUGUCCUCAGCAGAAAAUGUCAGAGGGAAGACAUCAACACAUUCCUCUGCCAGGUUGCUACAGCUUUACACUAUCUUCACGUAAAUCAUAUCGUGCACGGAGAUCUUCGUGCUGAAUACGUUUAUGUGGUGGCACCAAACAAGGUGAGUACCAUACACGGAAUUUAAGUCCAGUUAGGCUCAACAGACGUGUCCAGGUACAUUCGAUACUUAAUACAACUGAGCACCGUUAAAUUUGCUCCAAAGAGAUAGUCGAUCGCCUUUCGAGUCUAGGUAAGCUUAGACGUUUUAUAUUUCAGGUGAAGCGUCUUCGUGUAGCCAAUGCCAUUCAAACAAUUCUUAAAACAAGUAAACAAGGAACACAUUAUGUAUUGUAUAAAGCCUAUUGUUAUUUUGCCUGCUGUUCUAGCACAGUCACAACUGUUGUAACUAUUCGUAAAACUUGCAAAUACUUUAAGGAUCGCAACUUAAAGAAGAAGCAGUAAAUGGUACUUUCACAAGGUUUAAUUUCUGUUUUCACUUAUAAAAUGAACGACAAGUUUUAGGACGAGGUCUGUAAAUUACGCAAAUAAUUUGAACCAUAAAAUAAAUAAAUGAAAAUAUGGUUUAUCUGUUAUGAUUUUCUUCAGGUCCAGGUUGGCCGGCUUGGUCGCUCUAAAUCUCUACCAAUGAGUGUCUAUGAAGCCACUAGUACCUCAUGUGUCGUAGAGGCUGUCAUACCUUCUGAUUCCGUUCGUUGGUAAGCAUAAACUCGAAACAUGGUAAUCUAUACUACAUGUAAAAUGAGUUUUCUGCUGGGCGUCAAUUAAACACCCUAUUUUAGGGCAAAUAUCCAGGGAAUUUGCAUGUCCAAGUUCGAUUAAAGAAAAUGUUGGAAGGGUUUUUAGACCUGUUGGUCAUUAUGGUCCGACAAAGUAAAAUAUCUGGGAUUUAAAGGAAGUGCUCGCAAGAACGAUCAAAUAUGUAAAUUCAUACAGUUCUUUUUAAGCCAUGAAAACAAAAUAUGUGUACAUGUGCACUUCAGAAGACGGUUACAAAAAAAAACCGAGAUAGUGUUUAACUGAAAGAGUUUUCGACGCGAUUAAUUUUCUUUCAUGACAGGAGCGCGCCAGAGGUAAUCCAAGAGAACCACUACACUCACGCUAGUGAUGUGUGGGCGUUUGGAAUCUUUGCAUGGGAAUUGUACUCUGCGUUCGCAGCUGGUCAACAGAAUAGAAUUGCUGCACUGCCCUACUACAAUAUUCCGGCAGAUAAGGUAAGUUCAAACCUAUAAUACACUCAAUGCGAAAAUGAGAUCUGCCAAAAUGAGUUUGACUCUAACAAGAGUUACAAUAAAAGCCUGUAAUGCAAUUCAGGAUGAAAUAGAAGCACACUUUGUUACAUCUUUACGAAAACUAAGGAUAAUUUUUGAUCCUUCAGAUUCUGGAUCAUAUGAAAGAAAACGGACCUCUUGACCAACCAAGCAGCUGUCCUCAUUGGGUUUACAUUUUGAUGCAUCAGUGCUGGACAUAUGAACCAACUCAGAGACCUCCUUUUAUUGCAAUUAUUGAUUGUCUCUCAAGAAGGUAUGGUAUACUUUACUAGCGGAUGUAGAAAGCGAUUUCCUUACCCAUUCUUUAAAAUACCGCGGAUAUUCACUGACUAUAAGUGUCAUCUGCUUCAUCGCUGUCUUGUCUUCCAGUCAAUGAUACUGAUUGUGGUGAGGUAUGAUUUUGUUUCUUGUUUCAACUGGAUCUCAAUCCCUCUCAUAUCUCUUGCACUUUUUGAAGGGAACCGAUGCUGUCAUGGAUAAUGACAUUGUGGCUGAACAAACAUGAGAAGAGUGAAUGGCCGGUUUUGCCAGUAUCUCAGCCUGACGAUGCAAUUCACGUGACGAACUCUGAGGAACACCCACCUAGAGAAGAUAUCGAGAAAAUGUGUUCUCAAGGAUUUUUUACUCGUCACAAAUACCUGUAUGUCGACAACGUUCGCCAAAACGAGCCCGACUACGCUGAGGUAUACGAAUACGACUACACGAAUUCUCAGUUGCCACCACCACCGAGUUCCCCUGCAUUCCGCCAGUCAACUUCAAAUAAUCACUCUGAUGGAGUGUCCAACGAUGCUGACGAGUACGAAACGAACCAAGUGAAUAGCGCGACAGAAAUGGUGUAUGAAGAAGCCACCUAUCGGAUAAUAAGAAAUGAGGAACAUACGGCUGGUUCAGUUAGCAGCACCGAUUCGAUUUCUUCCCGCCCUGCAGAAGCCUCCAAGGUUUCCAACGUGGACCGACGUCCUCAAAAUCACAUUGAUGGCGUUGCUUGCGCUAACUCAUCGGAUGGUGAUUUUUACGACGAGAUAAAUGUAGACGAACCUUCUUCUGAUGAAGCGACCGGUAGGGCUAAGGGCCACGCAACUGGUGUUGAAAGUGUCAAGGAUGACUCUGAGGGUGGGCACAUCAUGUAUGAAAACGCAGGGUACAAAGAUCUUGUUGCAAACAGGGAGCAUUACAUGUCAAUGGGAAAUAACCAGGAGGAACCCAAAAUGCCAGGUUAUAUCAACGUUCUAGCUGAGGAGACCGGUGUACCAUCGUCCCACUCAGAAAGCGGCAACAAGGGCACUCCUGUUGAUCCCUACGCGUGCGUGGACCUAAUUUACCAGCCAAGCUUCGAGGUCUAUGAAGAUAUGACCAUUCAACUUUUAUUAAAUGAUGCAGAGAGCCUUUAUUAUAGAGAAGUCCAAAGAAGAAAAUAUGAAGAAAAAUUACAAGAAAGCUGGUAUGAAAACCAGAGUUCACCACCUGAGCAAGUACUCUUUCAAGAACAUUUAAAUGUGUAUGCAAACGUUUUGACAAAUUUAGAUGUGGGCUUUGGAAGUUCUUUGCAUUUAGCUAUGAAAUCCAUCGGGUCAAGGUUGGUAGAGUGCGACAAGGAAACUUUGUUAUGACCUUUUAUCUAUCGUAAUAAUUUCAUAUUUUUGACACAGUUUUCAUAGAAGUAACGUUGUUCAGGCUGGUGACUAUGGUAAGGUGUGACAGGGUGAUCAAUCAGAGCAAACACACCUAGCACCUUCAGUUCGGCCAUGAAAAAACGUUUCAUAGCAUAGUGUUGUAAACUGAGAUGUUUCUGUGUCUUUAAAUUAAUUUGUAUAUAUUUAACUGUGGAUGAUGGAUGUUUUGCGAUUAAUAUUCAUACGUUGUAUUAUUCUUAGUUAUUUUAUAGAGAUAUGUAUGUGUUUUUAACUAAUUUUUGUAAAUAUUUUUGACCAUAGAUAAUAAAUGUUUUGUGAUUGAUGUUCAUAUUUUUUGCUAGUCUCAGUUAUUUUAAGAUUAAUCGGUUGAAAUUUUAACAAAGAGGACCACUAGUUUAUCAGUUAUACUGUCGUGUUACCCUCCCUAAAUAAAGUUGUUACUUACUUACUUAUCUUUAUAAUUUUCUGAGAAAUAAUUGUGAAAAAACUGUAUAUUUCCAAAGUAAUGACACGGAGGAUUAGAUAGUAACAAAAAUGGCGACACCCCUGACUGCUUGAACGUCGUUUGACAGCUUGCGUUUCAUUUCAGUUGUGAUCAAUCUCCAAGGGCUAAAAAUCUAUGCUUAAGUAUCAGUAAGGAGAAAUGAAAGGCACAAUUUGAAUUGAUUUGAAAUCCAGGGAAGCUUAAAGUAAUCAGAAGGAUAGUUGUCAUGUCAAUUCUAUUUAGAACCAGUGCUCGUCGUUGCACACAAAGAAGGUCAUGUUCAAAACUGUAAUCGAGUAAUUAGACUCACUAGUGGAUGUGUGUGACCUAACAGUUAAACUGUUUAGGCAACAGCUUUGUACUACUGAGGGUUUUGUAAUCUGAGGUAACAUAAGGUAAUGUUAUUCAUUUUUGCUUACCCAGUGUUUGACAUCCAAGCUUGAUCAAGGGCUAAGGUUUUAUAAUCAAAUAAGCCCCACAUUUUUUCUCCAAAUCUUUUCUCUUGCACGCGGAUAACUAGACCCAGCUAUUGCAUAAGUAUACUAUUACAAAGUCGAUCCUGCAGUGUAACGCAAGUGAAAUCCAGGGGUGACAUGACCUACAAAGAUUAUGGAUGCAUAAAUGAACGUCUUGACGUAGUCAACUCCUAAGAGUUAUGUUAAUGAAAAAAACAAACAAACGAAUGAACGGCAGCAUUAAACAACAACCAAAGAUCAUUAGUAGAUAACAUAGCUUUCGCAAAAGUGUCCUGUUUGUUGACUACAAACUUUUACAAUUUGCAUGAUAAAAGUUAAGGCACAAACUCCGCGUUCUUCUUUUCUCACCUGCUCAGCGUUAGACCAAGAAUUAUCAACUUCUGCUUCGAUUUCAAGACGCUCUUCCUGAACAAAAUCUGUGGGUCCUGUAGGGAAUUGGUGUAAAAGAUAAAAUUAGUUGGCAGUGGUCUAUCGCCUCAAGCAACGUUGAAUAGCAGUUACGUUCUCUAUAUUUAAGGUAACUAACCUUCAUCGUCAGCUGAACUUGAAAUUUCUUGAAACAAAUCAUGGGAAUUUGAAGUCGACCCGAAAGUAUCUAGUAGAAAGUAGUUCGACUUGUUAUGUUUUCGCUCAUGCCUUUCGAAAAUUGAACGUGAUACGAAGUCAUUACAAUGAGCGCAGUAAAUAUAUCCUUUCUUGUCAUACCCCGAAAAUGAAAAUAAACAGAUAUUUUGACAAAAUUUGUUCACAUGGAACAAAAUUUGCUAUUCCAUAAGCUAAGGAUGAAUGUCUUCAGAUUAAAACAGAGACUCGUUUAAAUCAAUAAUUUCAAUAAUCCGUGGUGGAUUAUUUACGUUAUUUUACAUAUGUUUUAUCUAUUUGUCAUGUUUACUAUUAAUAGAGGAUGUUUACGUCUAAAGGGAAAUAUUUUCCCAUGAUGACAAACCUUGUGUUUAAGAGGAUGGUUUAACAUCUCUUUAAACUUUACAUAGUUUAUCUAUUUGUCAUGUUACUAUUUUGAUCCCAGACACCGUCGUCUAGAUUUCAAUUUCUUUAUGCAAAGAACAUGUCUUCGGACGACGGUAAGUUAAAAACUCAAUCUCAAGUACUUUCCACUUUGAUAACUACUAGCUAAAACUAUUGAAAAAGUGUGAGAUUGAGCUUUUCACGCUUGCUCUAAGCAACCGCCUUUCUUCAUGCUAAAAUUUACAAAUAAGUUCAGUCUCGGUACAGGACUGGCAGUGGGCUGAACUCAAUUGUCUCUUCAACUCGAAUUUUUUCUGAAGUGGACUACGUGUUAAAUAUGUUGCAGUUAUCUCGCUAAACGCACUGCCGGCUAAGCAUUCCAAUGGUUCGUAAAGGUGCCUUAGAAAUGACCAAGGAAUGCAAUGGCUCCACAAAAGAGCUGCGUUCGCAUUACUCUUCAGCCUUUGAUUGAUUCUGCAUAAGACCGCCUCGUCUCGUUUUCAGUGGGUAGGGGAUCCUUUCCCGUUUACAAACAAACAUCAUAUUAGCUUGUUGUGAGGCGCUUAACAAGUCACGCUUCAACUCAUGUUAAGACUGUUUAUAUACUGGUUAGGCUUGAUUAAAAAUAAUCGCCAAUACGACAUUAGGCAACUUAAUCGAAGGGGAAGGAUAAGAAAGCUACCUCAUUACUUAUUACAGUGGCCCCUCAAUUAAAUCGGUAGUUAAUUACUGGUUCCCACAGAUAGCAAACCAAUUGGCAUGCAAGGCUUUCAUUAUGGUUUAUUUUGAAACAGUAUUGUAAAGACACGAUGUCACGAAAUAUCGUUUGUAUUCAGCUGCGUCAAGAGACACGCGUCUAUCUAAUGGGGCUUGACUACAGUAGUUGUGAAAGAGCGAAUUUUUUUGUUAUGUCAAUACCUGGUUGUUUUCAGGAGCUGAUAUAAGGAAGUUAUAGUAUAUGCACGAGUUCAAAGGAAAACGAAAAAAAAAUAACCUUCAUGUUAAGACUUCCGCUCUCACAUUUCACCACAAACUAUUUUGCAUUUCACAAUUAAGUCUGCCCUUAGGGCACUUGGUCGAAACAACUAACACGUUACAAACUAAUUAUGCAAAACAGAGCCGUCACUCUUCAGCAGUUCUGCUGAAGGAAAUGUUUUGCUUGGGUGGGUUAUUUAGUAUAAAUAUUUUCAUGUAAUGACAAGCCCCGACGUGUUAAAAGAGGAUCAAAUUAACUUAAUAGGAAAGUGUAAUAGCUUAGUAAACUGAGUAACGAUAAGCUUAUAAAGCGCAGUUGAAUUUAUAAUAAGAAUCUUCUCGCUACAUUGAACCUACGCUGUCUGCUAAAAUCCAGAAUUCUAAAUGGAUAUUUUUUUUGUUAAUUUCUUACGUUAUCUUUUUUCCUCAGGUUCAAUUUUUAGUGAUUUGAGUUCGGAUGCUUCCUCACAAAUGUUGGGUGAGUGUUUUUUUAUUCCACAAUAGAACCACCUCAAAAAUUGGAAUUGGAAAUUAUAACCACUGAAAAUUUUCAUUUGCCAAGACGUCUCAGCCCUGUUUAACAAGGUGUCAUUUAAUCAAGUCUGUAAAUUAACUAAAUCUUUGAAAACCACGAGAAAAAUUUCAAUGGCUUAAGAAAUACCUUUAGUUAUGCAGAAGUUGGUAAAUAUCAAUAAUUUAAGAACAAAGUCCCCUUUAUUUUGUUCAAUUGAAAUUGUUUAGUAUUUCGUUUUUAGACUGGAUUCUUUUUUUCUUUGACAAUUCCAUGUUUUUUCCUAGUGUCAACUCAAAUUGAUUUUUGUUGUUAUCUACAAGAGGGCUCCGUCCGUGUCGGGUCCCUAUAAAUUUCGUUUCAUUCAAGCUGAAGAAGCGUCAGCUGGCCUUUCCACGCGAAAGGGCGCGAGGCGAAGCUGGGCAAAAAAUAUUGGAAAUUUCCGAACCGUCAAGCUUGUCUAUGAUGGUUGUUGGAGCGGACCCCCAAACGUAACGUAG